AUGGAGUUUAACACAAAAUGUAGCAAUAAACCUGGCCAUCAACAAUUUUCCAUGCCUGCCAAUUUCUUGAAACCUGAUAUUGACCAAGACUUUUGCAUGGAUAACUGUCAAUCAAAGGGUUUUCUCCAAGAUUUUCAGCACCUUGAUCACUUUUCUUUUACAGGAUCAUCAUUCAAUCCUGACUUAGGCAUCCAUACAACUGGUUUUGAUCCCUUUGACCCCUUCUUUAAUGGAUCUUCGAUGAUAGAUUUCGACUAUUUAGAUUUUAAGCCAUUUGAGGAAAAUGAUAAUAACAAUGGUAAGUUAGUCACGCAAAAUUUUGAAGGUGGCGAUGAGAGCUCUUGCAUAACUGCUGAAAGUGUUUACUACAAAGAGUCUGGCACAAAAAGAAAUAAUAACAGAUUUUCCAACAUUGCCUUAUCUUCUUCGACGAAAAAGCAGGGGCGUGGUCGAAAAAAAUCCAAAUCUGCAAAGGGGCAAUGGACCAUUGAAGAAGAUAGGCUAUUAGUCCACCUUGUAGAGAAAUUUGGGGUGAGAAAAUGGUCUCAUAUUGCUCAAGUGCUGAAAGGGAUAGGGAAGCAGUGUAGAGAAAGAUGGCACAACCAUUUACGGCCUGACAUCAAGAAGGAUAUAUGGACUGAGGAGGAAGAUAGGAUUUUGAUCGAGGCUCAUGCCGAAAUAGGGAACAAAUGGGCAGAAAUUGCGAAGAAAUUGCCUGGAAGAACUGAAAACUCCAUCAAGAACCAUUGGAAUGCAACCAAAAGAAGGCAGUUCUCGAGGCGAAAAUGUCGCACAAAAUGGCCAAAACCUAGUUCUCUUUUGCAAAACUACAUAAAGAGCUUGAAUUUCGAGAAGAGCAACUAUGAUUUUAGUGAGGUUCCAGAAUUCGCAUUAGAUGACAACUUGUUUGAAAGGACCAGCAUCAACAACCUGAAUGCUGAGAUCCACAACGCUUCUCCAAUUCUUGAUGACAAAGGCUUUUGCAUGGAGAUCCCAUAUGAUGUUCCUCCUCCAAUCAUGCAAUUUGAAGUGAAGAAGGAGCUUGACUUGAUGGAGAUGAUUUCCCAUGUCAAUCAAUAA